AAGAGGGAAAGCUUCCCCCGCACACAGCUCGCGGUCCCUGCACCCGGGAGGAGAUGCUCGGCCAGGGUCCGGUGUCCGCCUGGACGGACUGCAGCCCUUCCGCAGAGCCUCCGGCAGUGGCCAGGACCGAGGGUGGCGGAGGCGGAUCAGCUGGACAUUCUUAUUACCAGAAUUCCAAAGGUACUGAUGGAAUCAAAGAUGGACACAAAAUGAACUUACACAUAGCCAAGCUACAAGAGUUAUGGAAAACUCCUCAAAUUCAAACAAUUCACAUCACUAAAUCAAUGACAGAUGUGUCCUUUCUAAAGCAUCCAGACCUCACCAUAGGCCAGAAGCAUUAUCUGUGCAGCAUUGCUAAGAUCUGUAAUGUGAACUGUCUGAGGGUGUUAAUGAAGAGGCAGUACAUGCAUAUGAUCCAGCACAACUCUCACAAGCCAGGUGUCCUCACUCAUCACAGGAGCCACCUCAGUUCUCGUCACUCCCAGAAGCAGCAUUACCCCUGUACUACAUGGCGACACCAACUGGAGAGAGGGGACUCAGUGCCUUCCAACAUCGCAGCCGCAUCUGCACCUGAAAUGAUCACACAGCAUUCCCUUUGGCGACCCAUGAGAAACAAAGGAAGUUUAAAAACUGGAUAUGUGUCUAAAACAAGAUGUAAGUCGCUGAAGAUUUUUAGAAAACCAGGCAGACUGUUCAUGCAAUCAGUUUCCACAAAUGAUUUUGAAUCAUACACCAAUGAAGAAAUAAAGGAAGAUUUUCUAAGUAAGUGUAUGCAAUCAAUGUCAAUUGAAGAACAGGGAGAACAUCUGAUGUUAACUUGACAAUCUUGUCUUAUGUAUUGAUAAUGUGCCAAAGGUAGGGGUAGGGGUUGUGAAUUGAUACUGUUAUUCACCAUUAAGUCAUUAAGUCAUUUUGGUUUGUUCAGAAAUGUUUAAACCAUGUAAUUGGUUUGAUGUAGUUCCAUGUUCCAAUGAUAUUUGUGUAAUAAAGUCCCUGUGUAAAUAUAUGCUUUUAUUUCUAGCUAGAUACAAUUAAAAUUUUUGUCACUUAAAAA